AUGGCUUCGAGCCCCCAACUCUCCCUCCUCCUCGUCUUCGUCUCCUUCCUCGUCCUGCUCUCCUCCGCCACCGCCCACAACAUCACCCGCCUCCUCUCCCAAUUCCCCGACUUCUCCAACUUCAACUCUCUCCUCAGCCAGGCCGACAUCGCCUCUGAGGUCAACCGCCGCCAGACCAUCACCGUCCUCGCGGUCGACAACUCCGCGGCCUCCUCCCUCUCCAGCCUCGACUCCGACACGCUCAAGCAGGUCCUCUCCAUCCACGUCAUCCUCGACUACUACGACAAAGAGAAGAUCCACAACCUCAAGCGCCGGUCCACCCUGUUCACCACCCUAUUCCAGACCACCGGCGUCGCCGCCAACCGCAUGGGGUUCCUCAACGCCACCAAGCUGUCGGACGGGCGGCUUGCCUUCGGGUCGGGGGUACCCGGGUCGCCGCUAGUGGCCACCUACGUCAAGUCCGUCGCCGCCAAGCCGUACAACCUCUCGGUUCUCCAAAUCAGCGCCGUCAUCGUCCCGCAGGGCAUCAACGGCACGCCGCUGGCGCCUUUCGGCGCUCCAAUAACAGCGCCACCGGAGGUGCCGGUGCCUGCACCGGCGCCCGUGGACGAUUCGACGGCUGACAGUCCGGCGGAGGCCCCCGAGGCGAGCGCCCCUGAGCCAGCGGCAGACGCACCGGAAGCAGACGCACCGGAUGCGGAUUCGCCGGCUGCCGGACCUGCAGCAGACGGAGAUGCACCGUCUCCUGCGGAGGGGGAGGAGGAUCAGAAAUCGGCAGCAGUUCCAGUGGCGGGUUGCAUCAGCGUGGGACUCACCGUGGCGGGCGCCCUAUUCUUUGCCGUAUGAAUUGUUGGCUGCUUGGGAGGACGUCAGGGGUUAUAAGCUAAAUGGUCUGCCGCAGGGUUUGAAGGAAUCCAUUGCUUUCUUGCUUCAUUCUAACUGUAAUAAUUGGGUUUGGAGGAGUAUAUUUAUCAUU